ACUAGUCAUAUUAAAAUAAAAUUUAAAAACAGAAAAAGGUUUUUUAAUAGUAGAAAGGCAGAAAAAAUUUAAAAAUUAUCUCAUUUAGUUUUCAUGUUCAAUCCAUUUAGAAAAAGACUUAAAAUACUCGUGUAAUAUAAUAUAUUAAAAUAAUCAUGCUAAAAUGGAAUUUAAUCAUGAAUAAUUUUAAUCAUGUGUUUGAAUCAUUCUAGUAUCAGUGAUUUAGAAUUGUAAGGGACUUUGAGUUCAUCAUUAUAUUCUAAUGCCCUUGUUUUAUACAUAAGAAAUAGUCAGAGAAAAGUAAUGUAGUUUGUCUAGGGUCACAGAGGUAGUAAAUAGUAGAGCUGGGAACUCAAGUCCCUUAUACUCCAAAUCUAUUCUUCUUAAUACUGUACCAUCUGAGAAGAGAUAAUAUAUUUGUCUUGAUUUAAUUUUUGUCUGGCACAUAAAUAUCCCACUAUUUUGGUCUAAUAGAGUAUAGUGGGAAGAGCCCCAAGAUGAGAGUCAGGAAUCCCAGGUUCAAGUCUUAGUUCUACAGUGUCAUUUAACCUUUCUUGUUGCAUCACAGUUAUGUGUUCAUCACAAUUAUGUAAAGUAUUUUUCAAAUCUUAAAGCAUUAUAUAAAUGAUAGCUGUUAUUAUCAUUACUAUUAUUUGUUAGAAAAGAAAUGUAUAGUAGAUAAGGAGUCUGAACUGAUUUUAGGGAGUCUUUGAACUUUAUUGGGAAAAAAUUACAUCUUUAUUUUCACUAACUUGGGCUUCCUUUGUGAUCCAAUAUAUCCUAUUUUAUUUGUUUAAAAUCAUUAUUCUGAUUUUAUUGAUUAGUUGACCCAGAGCUAGAAGACCUCAAAAUUCCCCUCAAGCUCUAAAGUGCUAUAAUUCUUUCCCCACAAGCAGUGUUUCUUCUAUUGAACAAUCAUGGCUUCUUUUGAGUCAGUAAAGUUCACAAAUCAUUGUCCAAAAUUUGGAAAUAAAUCCUGCCCACCUACCUCAAGACCACUUUCAAUCCGACUAAUAAUGUACUCAUUCAUGACAGGAGCCAUGUUUAUCACCAUCUUUGGAAACCUCGUUAUAAUGAUUUCCAUUUCCCAUUUCAAACAACUUCAUUCUCCUACCAACUUCCUGAUCCUCUCUAUGGCAACCACUGACUUUCUGCUGGGAUUCAUCAUUAUGCCUUACAGCAUGGUCAGGUCAGUGGAGAGCUGUUGGCAUUUUGGAGAUGGUUUUUGCAAAUUCCAUGCAAGCUUUGACAUGAUGUUGAGCCUGACUUCCAUUUUCCAUCUCUGUUGUAUUGCCAUUGAUAGGUUUUAUGCUGUGUGCUACCCUUUGCACUAUACCACCAAGAUGACCACAUCCACAAUAAAAAGAUUGCUGGCUUUUUGCUGGUCAGCACCAGCCAUCUUCUCCUUUGGUUUGGUCUUGUCAGAGGCUAAUGUCUCAGGCAUGCAGACCUAUGAGAUUCUUGUUGCUUGUUUCAAAUUCUGUGCUCUCACUUUCAACAAGUUCUGGGGUACCAUACUCUUUACUACUUGUUUCUUUACUCCUGGCUCCAUUAUGAUUGGUAUCUAUGGAAAGAUUUUUAUAGUUUCCAAAAGACAUGCUAGAGUAAUUAGCAACAUGCCUAAAAAUGCAAGAGAAGACAGCAGAAAAAAUAUAUCUAAGAAAAAAGACAGGAAGGCAGCUAAGACUCUAGGCAUUGUGAUGGGGGUGUUUCUAGCUUGCUGGUUACCAUGUUUCAUUGCUGUUUUGGUUGACCCAUAUUUAGGCUAUUCAACUCCUAUGGUAGUACUUGAUCUUUUAGUGUGGCUUGGAUAUUUCAAUUCUACCUGCAAUCCAUUAAUUCAUGGCUUUUUUUACCCGUGGUUUAGGAAUGCACUUAAAUAUAUUUUGUCAGGCAAAAUCUUUAGCUCACAUUCAGGUACAGCAAACUUAUUCCCUGAAGCCCAUUAAAAACCAUGCCAGCUUAAUCUGGUGUCAGACACUUCCAUCUGUGUAAC